UGGAGAAAGAAGCCGCCGCAAUCUACAAACACAUCUCAAGGAGCUGCCUACCCAAGUACCCAUCCAGAGGAUGCAGAUCCAGUUCGACCAUUGGCGAGUUCUUCAUCAUUGAAAAAACCAAACCACACCCUCUACAUCUCUGGGUUGAAGCGUUGGAUGCGGGAGGAUUACCUUCGCAACUGCUUCGGAGACUUCUCCAGUCAGAUCCGCAAGGUGAAUUUUGAUGUAUCAAAGGUGACAUUGAAGCAUACACAUGCCUACCUUGAAUUUGCGACCCCUGAGGUUGCUGGAAUGGUACUGCACAGCUUCCACAACAAGAUCAUGCCCAAAACAAACAAUAUCUGGAGGUUCAAUCUGGAGUGGGCUCGUUGGCAACCUAGGGUGAAGGUGAAACAGUCAUCAUCUGCAGGAAGCAAAAUUCUCUGCAUCAACAAUCUGGGGGAAGGGAUGGGAGAGGACUUCAUUCGACAUGUAUUCCCUUCUCACUUGCAGAGCCAUAUUUUGAAGGUGACAUUGUUUGAGAAACCCCGCCCACCUUCUGCCAUGAUUGAAUUUUCAUCGCAUGAUGUUGCUGCAUCAGCAUUGGAGAGAUACACUGAGGAAUCCGUAUGCCGGAAGUUCAGUUUGACAUGGUGUCCAACUGAACAACCAGGUCCUUCUUUGCCUACUAAUCUGCUGAAAAGAAAGAGGGAGUAACCUGAACAA